AUGGCCGCUGAGCAGCGCAAGCUGCUUGAGCAGCUCAUGGGCGACCAGUUCAUGGGAAUGGGCUCUUCCUCCUCCAAAUCCGCAAACCUCACUCUCAAUUCGCCCAAUGUUUGCCGUUCAUACCUGGUUGGAACAUGCCCUCACGACCUCUUCACAAACACAAAGCAAGACCUAGGUCCUUGCCCCAAGGCCCACCCGGAGAACCUGAAGAUGGAAUACGACGCCCUCCCCCAGGCAGAGAAACAAAAAUACGGAUUCGAAUACGACUAUAUGCGAGAUAUGCAGAAAUACAUUGACGAUUGCAAUAGAAGGAUCGACCAAGCGCAACGGCGGUUAGAGAAGACGCCAGAUGAAAUACGCCAGACAAAUAAUCUGCUCAAACUCAUAUCGGAUCUCACCAAGACGAUAAACACAGGCCUCCUCGAAGUCAAUUGCCUCGCUGAAAUGGGCUCGGUGAGUCUGGCCUGCACCGAAUUCCACAAAGUUCGGACCGCCAAAAUAGCAAAAGAACAAGCCGAGCGGGAUCUGAAGUCGUUAUCAGACACGUCAGGCCCAUCGGGGCACCAGAAACUACAAGUCUGCGACGUCUGCGGCGCAUAUUUGUCCAGACUGGACAAUGACAGGCGACUGGCUGACCAUUUCUAUGGAAAAAUGCACCUAGGUUACGCGCAGAUGAGGCGGACGCACGAGACGUUACAGAAAGAACUCAAAGGACGAGGACCACCGCCUGUGAGAACGCAGGAAGAGAAUGCGAGCGGCAGUCCCACUGGGCCAAGAGGUUAUGAUGAUGGCGGAUAUGGGGACGGUGGUGGAUGGGGCAGAGGUGGAGGAGGAUAUGGUCGAGGAGGAGGAGGGGGCGGCGGCUACGGGAGGGGCGGCGGAGCAUAUCGCGGACGAGGGAGGGGCCGGUGGUAG